AUGUCUUCGCUGGUCUCCGACUUCAUCAUCAACCCGGUCCUCCGGCAGGCCCGCCGCUUUUCCGAGAUCUCGAGAACCACCUUCGUCUCCGACCGGGACACUUCCCCCGACCCUAUCGUUGUCACGACCGACUCCGACCCCUCGCUGACCCGGCAUGCGACCGAUGCGCCACUCCCAUCGACUCCAACACGACCUCUCAGUGCUUCAACAACCGUUGACGACGAGCCGACUCCACCACCCACACCACAUGCGCCAGUCGCGUCUUUCCCUGUAACUGUGCCAAUGUCUCCUACGACCCAAGAGUCUCUGCCUGCCGACGAUGGCAUGGGCGCGCUGCGGAAGCGCCUCAUCAGCAUCCAGUCCCAGGAGAUCACGGCAGAGGAAAAGGCCCGGCUGAUGCACGAGGCCUUGAUGGAAGGGUACCGCAAGUCUCGAGACACCCCCCGUCAAGGUGAUGUGCCGCCUACCGCGAUACUCGCAGGUGAGGCAUGGGAGCAAUCCAUUCCUAUUGCACCUCUCGAAUCAUUGAAGUUCUGGCAGCAUUCGCCUGGAGAGCCGUCUUCGCCGCAAAAGUUUGUCUUGACCGCCGAUGACGUUCGGCCGACGUAUGCUCCCCCAAAGCUCUUCACGAGGGAAGAGCCCGAAGGCUCUCUGAUACUCGGCUGCCAGCACUACCGGCGCAACGUCAAGCUUCAGUGCUCUACUUGCAACAAGUGGUACACCUGCCGCUUCUGUCACGACGCCGUCGAAGAUCACACUCUUGUCAGGAAGGAAACCAAGAAUAUGCUCUGCAUGCUCUGUGCCUGCCCUCAGCGAGCAUCGGAUGUAUGUGUCAACUGCGGGGAAAUGUCAGCUCGUUACUACUGUAAUGUGUGCAAGCUGUGGGACGACCAUCCAACCAACAACAUAUACCACUGUAACGAUUGCGGCAUCUGCAGACGCGGAAGAGGUAUUGGCAAAGACUUCUUCCAUUGUAAGAAAUGCUGUGCAUGUAUUUCGAUAUCUAUACAACAAUCCCACAAGUGUAUCGAGCGCUCGACGGAUUGCGACUGCCCCAUUUGUGGGGAGUACAUGUUCACUUCCCCCAAGCCUGUCGUGUUCAUGGGAUGUGGCCACAGCAUCCACCAGAAGUGCUACGAUGAGCAUAUGCUGCGAUCGUACAAGUGUCCCAUCUGCAACAAAAGUUUGCUUAACAUGCAAAGCCAGUUCCGUCAGUUGGAGCUAGCUAUUCUGGCUCAGCCGAUGCCCCCCGAAUUUCGGGACACCAGGGCAACGGUUUUGUGCAACGACUGCAGCGGGAAAAGCUCAGUCCCAUACCACUGGUUGGGUCUGAAAUGUGCCAUCUGCACGUCGUACAACACAGUCGAGCUUCAGAUCAGCGGCGGAAGAGAUGGAACACCCGCCACGCCGACAGUUAUCGCCCCAGAACCCAGUCCGGUUGCCGUCGAGGCUGCUGCUGCCCCGGCUCGAAUGGACGUACCGCAAGUCGGUCGGCGAAGACACUCGUCUCAUGCCGGCCCAGAGGCGCGGCAUUUAAUGGUGGAUCGUCUCGCUAGAUCAGCUUCGCCGGCACCCCCAGUGUUGCCGCCGAACAUGGCGCACAGCGCAAUUGAGGAAGAAGAGGAGGAGUCAGAAAACGAUAUCCUCAAUCUUUGGGGCCGGGGGCAUCACGACUCUGACGAUACUGGAUCUAUAUCCACAGACAUGGACGAGGAAGAUUCCGAUGGCGACGAUGAUGACGAUGAUUAUGAGAAUGAGAUCAUGCUCAUCGGACAUCGAUAG